AUGUGGAACAAGGGAAAAAAGGAAACAGAUGGGAUGCGUGCCAACGCGACGUUGGCGCCGUACGGCGUCGUAGUGGCUGAUGCUGAGUCAGUGCAGCGUGCACCGUUUGUCGCCGCCGAUGAAUCCACGACAUCGUCCUUGAACCAUUUCGCAUUCGCUGCCGCGCCAUGCGAUGCGAAGCGAAUCGUCGUUGUUUAUCGUCGACGCCAAGUCUCGCGCGACCUUAUCGUAAUGUGA